AUGGGACAAGGUCCAUCAGGAAUGCCAGGAGGUGAUAACCUCAAUAAGAAGAAAGAUGAUAAGAAAAAGGAAAAACCAAAAUACGAACCACCAGUAGAAUCAAAGUUUGGGAAGAAGAAAAGAAGAGGACCAGAUACUGCUGUUAAAUUACCAAGCGUAUAUCCAAACACCAGAUGUAAAUUGAAAUUGUUGAAAUUAGAAAGAAUUAAGGAUCAUUUGUUAUUAGAAGAAGAGUUUGUUACCAAUCAAGAAGCAUUCCAACCUACAGAAGCACGUCAAGUCGAAGAAAGAGAGAAAGUUGAUGAAUUGAGGGGAUAUCCAAUGGCAAUUGGUACUUUGGAAGAAAUCAUUGAUGAUGAUCAUGCAAUUGUUUCUAGUACUGCAAGCUCUGAAUACUAUGUGCCAAUUAUGUCUUUUGUGGAUAAAGGUUUAUUGGAACCGGGAUGUUCUGUUCUUUUGCAUCAUAAAACCGUAGCAGUGGUGGGUGUAUUACAAGAUGAUGCUGACCCAAUGGUUUCAGUUAUGAAACUUGAUAAAUCUCCAACAGAAUCAUAUGCUGAUAUUGGUGGGUUAGAGUCACAAAUUCAAGAAAUAAAAGAAGCUGUUGAAUUACCGUUGACACAUCCGGAAUUAUAUGAAGAAAUGGGUAUAAAACCACCAAAGGGUGUUAUAUUGUAUGGUGCUCCUGGUACUGGUAAGACAUUAUUGGCCAAAGCUGUGGCUAACCAAACAAGUGCCACGUUCUUGAGAAUUGUUGGUUCCGAAUUGAUUCAGAAAUACUUGGGUGAUGGUCCAAGAUUGUGUCGUCAAAUUUUCCAAAUUGCUGCUGAGCAUGCACCAUCUAUUGUUUUCAUUGAUGAAAUUGAUGCCAUUGGUACAAAGAGAUACGAAUCUACCUCUGGUGGUGAGCGUGAAAUUCAAAGAACCAUGUUGGAAUUGUUGAAUCAGUUAGAUGGGUUUGAUGAUAGAGGUGAUAUUAAAGUUAUCAUGGCCACAAAUAAAAUUGAGUCUCUUGACCCUGCAUUGAUCAGACCGGGGAGAAUUGAUCGUAAGAUUUUGUUUGAAAACCCAGAUGCCAAUACCAAGAAGAAGAUUUUAACCAUUCACACUUCAAAGAUGAGUUUGGCUGAUGAUGUCAAUUUAGAUGAAAUAGUCACAGGAAAAGAUGACUUGUCUGGUGCAGAUAUCAAAGCUAUAUGUACAGAAGCUGGUUUGUUGGCAUUGAGAGAAAGACGUAUGCAAGUCAAGGCUGAUGACUUUAAAUCUGCCAAAGAAAGAGUAUUAAAGAACAAAGUGGAAGAGAAUCUUGAAGGAUUGUAUUUGUAG